GAGCGUCCCUGGCGGCGGCCGCGCGGGCUCGGCGUCACCAUCGUGCUCCGAGAAGGCCCGCCUCGAUGAGCUCAUCGGGGAGACGCCCGUCAGCACCAUGCUCGAUGGUGGCAAGGUUGGCGACCGCACGUACGCCCUCCGCCGCUUCAGGCCCCAGAUGCGCGGCAUCGAGAUCAAUCGCACCACGCACCUUGCCAAGGUCGACGCCGCCGUGAGCCUCCACGCCAACUUGAACACGAUGGGGGUCAAGGAGAGGAACGACAUGCUCGACCUCUUCGGCGCUGAUGAUGUCAUCGACGCAACGUCGUUCCAGCGCAGGCUCAUCGGGAAGCUCGUGUCAGAGACUAAGUCUGGCGAGGACAUUGUGCAGAUGGUUCUGCCAUGGGCCCCUGCAGAGACUAUCGGCACGGUCGUCGAGUUCCAGGUCAAGCGUCCGCGGGUGUUCCAGUUGCGGCUGAGCCACAAGGAGAAAUGCGAUGUGUGCCUCGAUAUGUUUCUCACUUCCUUCGUUGCAGAGGUGGUCGCCGCAGGUUCAGCAUCUGUCGAGCUCGUGAGGGACGCCGCGAAGCACUUGAAGAUUGAGAGCGGCGCCAUCACUAGUGGCGAGUGCGCCAUACAGGAGUUCAUCGAUCUCGCUCGUACGUUGCAGUGUGCCGCCGACGCGCUGUUGGUGAUCUCUGACCCGAGCCCCAACGCAACGGACAACAUUGCCGACCGUGCUACCAGCAGGGCUUUGUUGAACGGGACGCGCAGCAAGGAGUGGGAGCUCUUCGCCGACAGCUUGCAUUCCAACCCGAAGUGGGCAGCCAUGACCAAAGAGUACCUCGAGUACGCCCUCUCUAACCUCCAGAUCGGCCCAGAGAUUGCGGCGGCGGUGGGCGUUGUGAAGUCCAGGAACAUCCCAGAUAUAGUGAAGGUGUCCCGCCGCAUGAGGGGGUGGGUUGACGGCAGUCGCACUGGUGGCGCGUCCAGCUUGGAGGAGGCCUUCGCCGAGUGGGUCGAUGCCGUCGCCUCCUACGACUACGAUUCCGACGCUGCCCUGACCCAGGAGUCCGCCAGGCAGGUCUGCGAGGCCAUCUCGAACGUGGCGGCGGCCGCCAAGUCGACGAAGGCGAGUGGCGUCCUGGUCGUGUCCAAGCUGGCGGCCGCCGCGGAGGGGAUGGAGGCGGUGGCGGCCUCGAUCACCAGCAAGAAGAAGCGCGAGAAGGAUGAUGACGGGUUGACGCUCGAGGGGAUGUCAGAGUUGAAGGCGGCGGUGCUUGACUUAAACGGCGAGGUCUUUGCUGGCGCUGGCGCGGCGACGGAUUUCGAGGUGGCUGCGAUCAACUUGUGCAAGCUGUCGUUCUGCAGCCCCGACGCCGCCUUCGACCCGAUCGACGCGAGCACGAUGAAGGACCAGGCCGACGCCGCGAUGAGUUGCAUCUUGCUCGUGCGCGAGGACCCCCGCACCGACGCGCUGAAUGGCUUGAACAUUCGCCUCGGCCAUAUCAUGGCGAUCUGCACUGCCAUCCAGAUGAAGAAGGGCUUGGCGGCCCUCGGCGACGUGGGCGCGCAGGUGAUGUCUGGCGACGAGGGCGUCGCGUCCUGGGGCGCGCUGAAGGCUGCACUGGGCCAGGUGGGCGCGUCGCCGCCGAAUGGCCCUGAUGGGGUCACCAUCGACGGCGCGCUGACGAUCGACGGCAUCAACGGGGAGUGGGGAGCUUCGGUGGCGGAGCGCCGCGGCCUAGCUGCGAAGUACCCGGGGGCCGUGACCGACGGCACGAUGCACGCCAUCAAGAGGAUCCAGGAGAGGAUUGCUUCGGUGGCGGGUGGAAUGCCAGACGGUUUUUCCUGGGAAGAAGGCCUGACCGAGGACCAAUCGCGCGACGACGUGGCGGCCCACGCCAAGCAGACGUUGUUUCAGAACAAACUCGGCAAGACGAUCAACUCGGCCCUGGUCGAGUACAGGGAUGCUGUGGGCAAGGCCCGCCCGACGGCCAGAAAGUUCGAGUUCGGCGACGUCCUUUCGGAGUGCGUGAGCGCAUUCAAGGAGACGCUGGUGAGUGCAAACACGACGGUCUCGGAGGCAGCAUUGGCGCAGUUGUUGAAGAAGCCUGCCGAGGCCGUGAAGGACGACAUCAGGAAGGAGCUGGACGCGGUUGCCGACCGCGGAGUGCCGGCCAACAGGAUCUUGCGCCAGAUCCCGGAGAAG